GCAAAGCUUUCAUUAGCCCAUCAACAAUCUCAUAACCCUCUGCAACUGAACAAAGGGACACCGAUAAUGUCUCAACCGAAUUUGAUCCCCGACGCUUGGGACUACAAAGGCCGCCCUGCCGAGCAGUCCAGGACUGGUGGCUGGACAAGUGCCGCCAUGAUUCUAGGUGGCGAGGCAUGUGAGAGGUUAACUACGCUGGGGAUAGCGGUUAAUUUGGUGACAUACUUGACCGGAACUAUGCAUCUAGGGAACGCGACCUCUGCAAACACGGUCACCAACUUCAUGGGCACCUCCUUCAUGCUUUGCCUCUUUGGUGGCUUUGUUGGAGACACAUUCCUCGGCAGGUAUCGCACCAUCGCGAUCUUCGCGGCCAUUCAGGCACUGGGUGUCACUAUCUUGACCUUAUCAAUAAUAAUUCCGGGCCUCCGCCCGCCGGAAUGCAACCCCGCCACUGGCUCGCCCUGCGUUCCAGCAACAGAGACACAGCUGAUGGUGCUCUACCUAGCCCUAUACACAGUCGCCCUGGGCACCGGCGGACUCAAGUCGAGCGUGUCAGGGUUCGGGUCGGACCAAUUCGACGAGUCCAACAAGCUUGAGCGGGCCCAGAUGACUACCUUCUUCAACUGGUUCUUCUUCUUCAUCAGCAUCGGAUCACUCUGCGCCGUCACUGUGCUUGUAUACAUACAGGACCACCUAGGGAGGGAAUGGGGGUAUGGCAUCUGCGCCAGUGCAAUUACAAUCGGGUUGGUCGUGUUUCUCUCGGGCACAAAGAAGUACCGGUUUAAGAAACUUGUGGGGAGCCCGCUCACGCAGAUAGCAGCUGUCUUCGUCUGCGCGUGGAGGAAGCGGCGGCUGGAGCUGCCCUCCGAUCCGUCGGCUCUAUACAAUGUGGAUGAUAUUGCCGGUGAUGGAGAUCUUGAGAUGUCCAAGAAGAAGAAGAAGCAGAUGUUGCCCCAUAGCAAGCAAUUCCGUUUCUUGGACAAGGCAGCCAUCAAGGACCCCGUGAUGUCUAUGAACAAGUGGUACUUGUCGACCCUAACCGAUGCGGAAGAAGUGAAGUUGGUGCUGAGGAUGCUUCCGAUUUGGGCCACAAGCAUCAUGUUUUGGACUGUCUAUGCGCAGAUGACCACGUUCUCGGUCUCUCAGGCAACCACCAUGGACCGCCACAUUGGGCGAUUCCAGAUUCCGCCCGCCUCCCUGACUGUUUUCUUCGUGGGCAGCAUCCUGUUGACUGUCCCUAUCUAUGACCGCGUCGUGGUCCCCAUCACGCGAAGGCUCCUAAAGAACCCCCAGGGGCUCACCCCACUCCAGAGGAUCGGGGUGGGGUUGUUCUUCUCCAUGAUGGCCAUGGCAAUAGCGGCCUUGGCUGAGCUCAAGCGGCUCCAAGUCGCCCGGUCACACGGCCUCGUAGACAAUCCAACAGCAGUGGUCCCAAUCACCGUGUUCUAUCUUGUGCCGCAGUUCUUCUUCGUCGGGUCAGGGGAGGCGUUCACCUACAUCGGGCAACUCGAUUUCUUCCUAAGGGAGUGCCCCAAAGGGAUGAAGACCAUGAGCACAGGGCUUUUCCUAAGCACACUCUCAUUAGGGUUCUUCUUCAGCUCUCUAUUGGUGACUGUAGUGCACAAGAUGACAGGGAACAAGAAGCCAUGGCUGGCUGAUAAUCUCAACCAAGGGAGAUUAUAUAACUUCUAUUGGCUUCUGACAACCUUAAGUGCCCUAAAUUUUGUUAUAUAUUUGGUUUGUGCCAAGUGGUACGUCUACAAGGACAAGAGGCUAGCUGAGAAGGGGAUUGAAUUAGAAGAGACGGAGCCAACAUGUCAUGCUUAGAAAUGUAUAGGAUCCUAAUUCCAACAGCUUUUAACAUCUCUUUCUCAAAACGUUUGUCUCAAUUAUGUAUCUUUUUAUAUAGUGAUGAAGUAAUAUAUUUGGGCCGCUUCCCCUCA